UCUGGCGGAUUAUCCCCCCUCUUUUUCCAUUUUUUUGUGGAGGGGAUAUUUGGCUGGAUUUGAACGAGGGUGUUUUGUUGCAGCUGCUGGCAUAGGGAUGUACAUGAAAAGGAAGAAGAAAGGACGUGAGAAGCUAGAUUAUUCGCUCUGAGUCUUUACCGUCAAGCAGUAUACAGUGGUCACUCACAUACUAUGCCUGCGCCAGUUCCAUUCUCGCCUCAAAAUGCCAAGUACGUGGCCUCCCUUUACAGAACGUCUUUGAGAACUGCUAGAAACUGGAUUAACCAGAAUGCAUUCUACAGAGAGAAAGCUGCUGAAAUCAGAUUAAGAUUUGAACAUAACAAGAAUAUCUCCGACCCAGCUGAGCUAGAAAAGGUAUUUGCGAAAACCGAAGAGCUACUGGCCAAAUUCAAACACCCAGAUCCAAUCAUUCCACCAAAGAGACCAGGUGGUAUCAUGUACGAUAGAAAUGCACCACCAAGAUACGAAAAGGGUCCUGCAAACUUCAAGAAUACAGUUUGAUCCAAUUCGCAUUUGCAUCUACUGAACCACUUGGCCACGCAUUUUUUAUCUAUAUAGGAGACGUUAGAUGUCGAAUCUGCAGGGAUGUUAAAUUCACUCAUUUCACUGUAGGAUGAUCCAUUUUGAAACGGGCUAUUCUGGUUGAAAACUGAUUUUUUGUGUCACUAUUACCAUUGUUGUCGAGAUCAGUAUCAUGCAGGCUGUAAUGAUUACCUCUGUGUUUUCGGCGAAAAGCGAUUCCAAACUGUAAUCUUCAUCUAUUCUUCACCCCCAUAUAAUGCCUACAUCUGUAUCUAUCGUCAUAUACAUGUAUGUACUUAUUUAUUUAUAUUCACAAUAUUAUCACAUCUCAGACACGUAUAAAAUGAGACUUGGUACAUCACUUCUCUUUUGCAUCACACACUUUGGCGAGCAUGUGAC